UUUUUUUUUAUUUUUAGUUUGAAAUCAAUCCACACCCCCAGUGUUAUAGAAACCACGUAGCUCACUGGGCCAGGCCCACAGGCACGAGAGGCCACCACUGGUCACCCCAGAAAGCACCCCUGGGAAUCAGUCUGGCUCCCUGGGUGAGGAUGGGACCCAGUAACCUGAGAAGCAGCCCAAGCGGCGGAAGGAGCUACUUUCCAGACGGACCUCAGCCGGUCUGCUUCGAUUUCCCCUGACGAUGUCCAUGUGUCAUUAGUGCAAUUAGGGGAGGGAACAAGCAGAGCACUUGCCCCGGGGCCCAGGCUGGUGGGAGGGCUACUAGGACAAUUGAAUUCCCCACCAGACUAAUGCAAUUACCAGGCAGACUGGACUCAGCCCCUCCUGGGGGCUGGGGCAUAAAUGGCCCAGUGGGGCCAUCAAGCUCAGCCCCACCAUGCAAGACCCCAGCCGCCAGCAUCAUGGGCCCCGGCUCCCCAGCCCCAGUGUGCGCGAAGCAGCUUCCAUGUACGGCACGGCGGUGGCUAUCUUCCUGGUCAUCCUGGUGGCCGCUCUGCAGGGCUCAGUGCCCCCUGAGAACCCCUUCCCCUACCGCAUCCUCCUGGACCCCCAGGGCACCCUGGAGCUCUCCUGGAAUGUCAGUUAUGUCCAGGAGGCCGUCCACUUCCGGCUCCUGGUGCGAGAGCUCAAGGCCGGGCUCCUGUUUGGGAUGUCGGACCGUGGCGAGAUGGAGAACGCGGACCUCGUUGUGCUCUGGACCAACGGCGACAGCGCCUACUUUGCCGAUGCCUGGAGUGACCAGAAGGGGCAGAUCCACCUGGAUACCCAGCAGGACUACCAGCUGCUGCAGGCACAGGGCACCCCGGAUGGCCUAGCCCUGCUGUUCAAGAGGCCCUUCGGCACCUGUGACCCCAAGGACUACUUCAUCGAGGACGGCACAGUCCACCUGGUGUACGGGAUCCUGGAGCAGCCGUUCCCGUCGCUGGAGGCCAUCAACACCUCAAGCCUGCAGACGGGGCUGCAGCGGGUGCAGCUGCUGAAGCCCGAGGUCCCCGUGCCAAAGGUGCCCGCGGACACCCGCACUAUGGAGAUCCGGGCCCCUGAUGUCCUGAUACCUGGCCAGGAGACCACGUACUGGUGUUACAUCUCCGAGCUGCCCCGGGGCUUUGCCCGGCACCACAUCGUCAUGUAUGAGCCCAUCAUCACCCAGGGCAACGAGGCCCUGGUGCACCACAUGGAAAUCUUCCAGUGCACCGGUGGCUUUGAGAGCGUCCCCCACUUCAGCGGAGCCUGCGACUCCAGGAUGAAGCCGGAGCGCCUCAACUACUGCCGCCACGUGCUGGCGGCGUGGGCACUGGGCGCCAAGGCAUUCUACUACCCAGAGGAAGCCGGCCUUCCUUUCGGGGGCGAGGGGUCCUCCCGGUUCCUCCGCCUAGAAGUCCACUACCACAACCCGCUGAAGAUCCAAGGCCGGCGCGACUCCUCGGGCAUCCGCCUGUACUACACGGCCACGCUGCGGCGCUUCGACGCAGGCAUCCUGGAGCUGGGGCUGGUGUACACGCCCGUGAUGGCCAUCCCACCCCGGGAGCCGGCCUUCGUCCUCACCGGCUACUGCACCGACAAGUGCACCCAGCUGGCCCUGCCACCCUCUGGGAUCCACAUCUUCGCUUCUCAGCUCCACACGCACCUGACCGGGAGGAAGGUGGUCACCGUGCUGGCCCGGGAUGGCCGGGAACUGGAGGUCGUGAAUAGGGACAACCACUACAGUCCACACUUCCAGGAGAUCCGCAUGUUGAAGAAGGCUGUGUCUGUCUUCCAGGGGGACGUUCUCAUCACUUCUUGCACGUACAACACGGAGGACAGGAAGCUGGCCACUGUGGGCGGCUUCGGGAUCCUGGAGGAGAUGUGCGUCAACUACGCACACUACUACCCCCAGACGCAGCUGGAGCUCUGCAAGAGCGCCGUGGACGCCGGCUUCCUGCAGAAGUAUUUCCACUUGGUGAACAGGUUCAACAGCGAGGAGGUGUGCACCUGCCCGCAGGCCUCUGUGCCACAGCAGUUCGCCUCGGUGCCCUGGAACUCCUUCAGCCGCGACGUGCUGGCCGCACUGUACGGCUUCGCGCCCAUCUCCAUGCACUGCAACAAGUCCUCGGCCGUUCGCUUCCAGGGUGAGUGGGAUCGGCAGCCCCUGCCUGAGAUCAUCUCCACCCUGGAAGAGCCCACCCCGCGGUGCCCAGCCAGCCAGGCGCAGCACGCUUCCGGCCCCACGGUGGUCAGCAUUGGCCACAGCAGAGGCUGAGAGCAGCCCUGCUCCUGACCCCAGCUCCGUGCUGUCCCAUGGCUCACGCUGGUUCUGUGCUCCUCCGUCUGCUCCAGCUCCCCACCCACCCACCCCCGGGUCUCUGCGGCCAUGCAGUUCUGUGGACCAAUGUAGUCUCUUCCACCCCUGUGGACUCUGUAAAGGACCAGGACUGAGGGGCCCGGGCCCGCCUGGCGCCUCCUGGGACAGACUCACCCCACGCAUGGCACACCCCUGUUUUUGGUGGUCCCUGUUGGUGUGUGCGGUGCCAGUGCUACUUAAACACUCCCGGCAGUGUGGCUGUGUUCCUGUGGGCGGCUUCCUGCCUUUCGAUGAGCGUGCAGCUCGUCAGAGGCUUGCCCACGAAAUUGCUCCAUUGCAGAGUAAAUAGACAUUUUCGCCCACCCAAA